AUGGAGCUAAACAAACUUUACUCCGAAUACCAAGACUACAUACAAGUUUAUAACAGAAUACAUUCACUAACUUCUUCUGAAGACAGUGAAAUCGAUCAAGUCUUUCAAAUGAUUCAAAAUGUUUUAAUAAAUAAAUAUAAAAAAUCGACAGAAACAGUUAGAGAUGAAAUCAUAGACGUUAUAGAUUUUAGAAUGAAUCUUGGAGACCCAAUUUGCAAACUUUUCAAAAAAAUUACAUCUUAUGAUAUUACCGAAACUGGAUAUAUCUGUCCGUUUUGGAUUCAUGAACAACAAGACUAUGAAGCAAUGAAGAAGGAUGAUGCUAAUACAUUAAUCCAAAUGGCGGAAUCAGCAAAUUGUUAUGAACAAAUGAGUUAUAUCUCAGAUUCUGCAAAAUUUGGCGCACUUCAAUGUUGUAAGUCAUUAUGCUCUCUGUUUCAUAAAAUCAUCCCAUUAUCUUCUGCAAUUAAAGGCAGAAAUAAAUCCAUUAUCAAAAUUGCAUUAGAACAGUUUGAAAAUUCUGAUGAUAAAUCUACUGUAGAAGAUUUUAUGGAUUCAUCAAUCGAAACAUUCAAUAUGGAAAUGAUCAAAUAUUUCCAUGAAUCUUUAAAUAUGGAUAUAAACUUAGAGUUGUGCGCAAAAUGGAAUAACUUUGAAGCUUUUCUUUAUGCUAUUGAAACAGGAUGCGACAAAUAUGAAGCAUUCCAAUAUUCAUCAUUAUUUGCAUUUCCUUCAUUAACAAAAUAUUUUAUAGAUUUACACUUAGAUCUCAGCCAUAAAUUUGGAAUUUCACCAUUGCAUAACGCUGUAAAAACAGGUAACUAUGAAAUUACCGAAAUGCUAGUUUCAGCUGGUUUCGAUGUUGAUGUAAGGGAUUGGAGAAGAAAUACGCCUCUUCAUUUUACACCAAGUGUAAAAAUUGCAGCACUCCUGCUGUCAAAAGGAGCUGAUAUAAUGGCAAGAAAUAUCAACGGUAUAACACCAUUACAUGAAGCUGCAAAAACAAGCUUAGAACUGACAAAAUAUCUUAUUUCACAAGGUGCAGAUAAAAAUGCAAAGACAAUUUAUAACGAUCUUCCAAUUAAUUUUGCAGCCCAAUAUAAUGCCUAUGAUAUUGAAGAUUUUCUAAAGGAUCCAAAUUCAGAUUAUGUAUCACGUGUAUGCUUUAUUGAUGAGUUUGAGAGAAACUAUUAUUACAGAUAA